GGGCGUCAGUCCGCGUUUUGCGCUUGCUCCAUGUAGUUUUCGUCCGCUACCGCUGCUUCUAAACGCAAAGCGGUUCCCCACCCAAACAGUAGUGUAACCGCUAGUCAGUUCAAUAUUAUUAAUAUUCAAUAUAGUAUCAGUCCGUGCUUAGUUGUUAAAAAAUAUUAAUAUUUUUCAUUUAUCGUGUUUCAUAAGUAAUCACAUUAUUGUAAUAAUUUUUACCCACAUUAAAUUGAUUAUUUAGUUCGAAAUCGCGAUCGUGAGUAUAUGUGUGUGUGCGCGAUUUAAUGCGUACGCGAGUAUAUCGCCUAGUUGUGUAACCAAACACGGGAUUCCGCUCGUUCUAAAACUUUGUGUGCGUUUAGUUGGUGCCUGAAGACGACAGCGAUUGAAAGUUUGAGCCCUCGCCAAAGGGACAGACGAUAAUGCGUUACAUUCACGGCACAGGAUGGUGCCGAUGACCGGCGGCACACCCCUUGGUGGUUCGACAGCGUUGCGGUUGACGAUCGGUGACGGUGCGGCGUCGUCCAUUACCCGGCGCGUAUAAUAGCCGCGCGCGUAAAAAUUUCCGCCCUAGCGAAAGUCGGCCGAAAGAUGGGCUGUGCAAUGUCCGCCGAAGAGCGGGCCGCCCUGGCCCGGAGCAGGCAGAUCGAGAGGAACCUCAGGGAAGAUGGUCUGCAAGCAGCCAAAGAUAUAAAACUGCUAUUGUUAGGUGCUGGAGAAUCAGGGAAAAGUACAAUAGUCAAACAAAUGAAAAUUAUACACGAAAGUGGAUUUACGUCAGAAGACUUCAAGCAAUAUAGGCCUGUGGUGUUCAGCAACACAGUGCAAUCGCUAGUCGCCAUAUUAAGAGCUAUGCCAAAUCUAGGAAUCGGAUUCGGCACUAACGAACGGGAGACUGACGCAAAAAUGGUAUUAGAUGUAAUACAAAGAAUGGAAGACACCGAACCGUUCUCGGAAGAACUGCUUGCAGCCAUGAAGAGGUUAUGGACCGACCCCGGGGUGCAACAGUGUUUUUCCCGAUCUAAUGAAUAUCAGCUCAACGACUCUGCAAAAUACUUUUUGGACGAUUUGGACAGGUUAGGGUCCAAAGACUACCAACCCACUGAACAGGAUAUAUUGCGUACCAGAGUGAAAACCACUGGCAUUGUUGAAGUGCAUUUCUCGUUUAAAAAUCUUAAUUUUAAAUUAUUUGACGUCGGUGGUCAGCGAUCGGAGAGGAAAAAAUGGAUUCAUUGUUUCGAAGAUGUUACAGCGAUCAUAUUCUGUGUGGCCAUGUCCGAGUAUGAUCAAGUGCUACACGAAGAUGAGACUACGAAUCGUAUGCAAGAAAGUUUGAAGCUGUUCGAUUCGAUCUGUAAUAAUAAAUGGUUUACAGAUACGUCCAUAAUAUUAUUUUUAAACAAAAAAGACCUGUUUGAAGAGAAAAUCAAGAAAUCACCGCUCACUAUAUGUUUCCCAGAAUAUGCAGGUGCCCAAGAGUAUGGCGAAGCUGCUGCAUAUAUCCAAGCACAAUUUGAGGCCAAAAACAAAUCUACAACUAAAGAGAUUUACUGCCAUAUGACGUGUGCAACAGAUACAAACAACAUUCAGUUCGUGUUUGAUGCCGUCACUGAUGUCAUUAUUGCCAACAACCUUAGAGGAUGUGGACUGUAUUAGAUCGUCGGCCGAAUUAAUGACUCGUGACGGUUGACAUGCAAAAGAUUUGAUUUUAUGUACACGAAAAUUCAAUGCACAAUUUCUGAAAUGGCUUACCUAUCCAGUGUUCAUCUAUAAUUUUAAAAGAAACACAUCAUAUAAUAUAAUUGUAUAUGAAUACUGACAUAAUAUACACCUACACGCACACUUGUAUUUACCUUAUAAAUAUACCAAAAAAAAUGUUA